AUGACAAUGUGAGCAUUUUAUAUCAGGAAAAAAUUGUGCAGUGUAUAAUUAGAAAACCGUGUAAAAGCACCGGAGAGAAACAAAUGCUGAAUAUAAGUAGUCAAUGCUGUGCUGGUUUUCUGUAUAAACCCACGCGUCCUCCUCUCAGGUUUGUUUUUUCUCUCCUCCACUUCUCAUGCGCCCCGUUUACCUCUGUGUCCAUUAGAGCUACAAGUAUUAGCACUCAGCUAGCUGGCGGCAGGGGAUGGGACGAGCUGGUCCAGGAGGAGGCUGGGGUCAGAUGUUGAAGAAGAAGGAAAAGGGCGACUCGAAGCAAAAAUAAAUAGGCGCGGGAGGACGGGGCCGGCGGAGGCAGGAGCCGGCUCGCUGUGGAAGGCUAAUUGAAGUUCUGUGUGGCAGCAGACCCAGCUGCCACUUCAAUGAGGAGCCUAUUUGCUGCAUUUUUCAGACUGUGUUGUGAAUUCUGAUGAUGUCAGUCCAGGAGCCGGGCCACAGACUGAUGCUGUCACAGAGCCCCCUCCUUCUCCAACACACUCCUCCACAGAUUAGACCUAACAGGGUGGCAGGGAUUCUGAUCACGGGCAGCGGCCACGAAGCCCAGCGAACGAACCUGGAUCAGUUUGUUCUGGGGGUUAUUUACAAUCUCAUGCAUUAUAGUGUGGUAUUAGUCUCUGCAGGAAGUGAUCUCGCUUCCACAGGUUUACGUUGUUUGAUUAGAAGAGAUUAUGUUCUCUAGGAGAACGCAUAGCUGCAAGCAUCUGUUGAAUGAUAAAAAAUUAAAGCAGUGGGAAAAGAUAAAAAAGAUCAAUCCAAAAAAUGAAUCCAGCAGGGUUUUUUUAAGGUAAACUAGAGAAUAGAUACUGUAUCGAUGCACACACCAAUCAAAUGUGAACUUGAUCUAAUUUUAAUGUAAAUGUAUCCAGUCCUUUCAUCUUUUAGUGAAGCUGAUUUACCUCACUUGCCCUUUAAAUAAAAAAGCUAAAAGCGAGCUCAUGACAAUAUAUAAUAAGCAACAUUAUAGCUUUGAAUGAUUUAAACAUUCAGAUUUAAAUGAUUGAAAGCAGCAGAGUGAAAAGUUACCUUUGGCCUCCAAAUUGUAGCCAAUUGUAAAAUUGCUAUUUACUUUCCAUCACCACACAAGAUGAUUUAAAAAGCGAGCUCCAAACAGAUCGAUCCCAUUGUGUUGUUGUGAGCUCUAUAGAACACAACAGGACAAGAAUCCUAUUCACUGGCCCGGUCGUUGCUACGGUUUGUGUUGUGGUUACAUGCUGAGCGCUCUACCUUCGGACCUCGCAUUCACAGCCGCAAUCAGCUGUAUUGAAAUUUUUGUAAGGAAGGUGUUAACAUUUUCUGUCGGAUGAAGGCCUCAGAGAAGACAAAGUCAGUCAGUGGCUCUGCAGCUGUGAAGGAGCUGAAGAGGCAUAACAGGCCACAGACAAGCACGCUUCAGGAGGAUGGUUAUAACCUCCCGUCCCAUGAUGCACUGGCACAGCUGCUGCCACGCUACCUGGCCAGUGGAGGAAAGGCUGAGGUUCAGGAGCAGAACAAACCCGACACACACCGCACACAUGAAGCCCAUCAUGCACACAAACGAGCCUCUCUCUCCCGACGCGAAUUCGAAGAUGAUCCUCAGAUGUCAAAGGUCAACGACCUCCAAACUAAGGAGCUGGAAAACUACCGCGCAGCAAUGAGUAAGAUGGCGGAAGACAUCAUUCUGCUGAGGACACAGACGGUGGAGCUGGAGGCCGAGAACAGCCGGCUCCGCGGAGACCUGUCCCUGCACCAGGACCUCGGCCGAGACCUGCUGAAAGACACGGACAUCGACGUCAUGACGAAGGCGGAGAUGUCCGAUCGAAUCGCAUCUCUGAAAUUGAAGCUGGCCAGUCAAACCAGUGAAGCUGCAGCACAGCGAGACAGGAUCCAGCAGCUCCAGAACGAGCUGAUCAGGAGGAACGACGGCGAGAAGGAGCUGCUGAAGCUUCAGAGGCUCCACCGGCAGCAGGAGCAACUCCAGCAGCAGCACAGCAGCUCGGCAAAGAUGGCGACUCUGGAAGCCACAGUGAAACAGCAGGAAACGGUGAUCGAGAAGCUGGAGAAAGCGUUCAAUACUAAAAUCAGACGGGCGAGCAGACAAAGUGGAGACAAAAGGCUGGCGCCGAAAAAGCCCGGAGGUGAGCGUGGCCCCAGACGCGCCGAGGUGGAGGCGGCGCUGGCAGCGGAAAACGCUGGCCUCCGGGCAGAGCUGGACAGGACGCGGCUGCAGCCUCCAGCUGUGAUUAUACAGCAGGCGAAAGAGGCGCUGCCACUGAGGGAGAAGCUGAGUUUGCUGAGUAGGCUUGAGAAAGCUGAAGCCAGAGUCCAGUCGCUGGAGGCCCAGCUGCAGCAGAACUGUAAGGUGUGGGGGCGGCAGAAGCAGGACAUGCUGAACAAACUGAGCGAGCGCAAACAAGGCCUUGUCCACAACUCCAGCCUUUUUAAUGAAUAAAAGAUGACACAAUACAG